GGAUAUAUAUUAGGCAAUAGCAUCAUUCAAGGCAUUAAAGGCGGUAGACUGCACAACCUUUCCAAUAUAUUUUGACUGAUACUAGACCUUCACAUUUAGAUCCUGCUUCAGUUUUCACACACACCCCCUUCCCUGUUCUACAAAGAUCCUAUCUUUCACUCCAUAGAUCUCACAAACCCACAUUCACACAUUGCUCACCACCAUGUUUAGACCAAAACCCACAUCAAGAUUCAUCCUUUUAGCCUUCACCCUUCUCCUACUAGUCAAUUUCCCAGCUUCAAUCACAGCCUCUGAACCCACCACUUCUGAAAGUGAAGAUAAUGAAUUGGAGGAGUUACUAGCAUUAGAUGAUGAAGUGGAACAAGAAGAAGAAGAGCAAGGAGGGACUCCUAAUGUGAGGUCUUCAGAGGCAGAGCUGUUAACCAAAGCCCAGAGGAUUGUUCUUGAGCUCAACCAUGACAAUACCAACAGGGUGAUUGACAAGAAUGAGUUUGUUCUGGUUCUUGGGUAUGCUCCUUGGUGUGCCAGAAGUGCUGAGCUUAUGCCUCAAUUUGCUGAGGCUGCAACUUCACUCAGUGAAUUGGGGAGUCCUCUUGUGAUGGCUAAGCUUGAUGCAGAGCGGUAUCCCAAAACGGCGUCGCUGCUUGAGAUCAAAGGGUUCCCUACCCUGCUUCUGUUUGUCAAUGGCACCUCUCAAGUGUACACCGGUGGAUUUUCUGCGGAAGAAAUAGUGAUAUGGGCAAGGAAGAAGACUGGUGAGCCUGUUAUUAGGAUAAGCUCGGUGCCAGCGGCAGAAGAAUUUCUCAAGAAGCAUCAUAUAUUUGUUGUUGGUUUGUUUGAAAAUUUUGAGGGGCCAAACUAUGAAGAAUUUGUGAAAGCAGCAACAGCUGACAAUGCAAUUCAAUUCGUAGAAGUAAGCGACAUUGAUGUUGCCAAUGUUCUCUUUCCAAAUGUAAAACCAGCUAAUCUUUUCCUUGGAAUUGUGAAAAGUGAGGCUGAAAGAUACACUGCAUAUGAAGGGACAUUUGAGAUGGAGCAAAUAUUGAAGUUCUUGGACUAUAACAAGUUUCCAUUAAUUAACAAACUGACUGAAUCAAAUUCUGCCACAGUUUACUCCAGCCCUCUUAAACUUCAGGUCAUUGUCUUUGCAGAAGAAGAUGAAUUCAAGAAGCUUCUGGAGCCUCUUCAGGAUAUUGCUCGACAAUUCAAGUCAGAGAUAAUGUUUAUAUAUAUAGACAUCACAGAUGAAAACCUUGCCAAGCCUUAUUUAACAUUAUUUGGGCUUGAAGAAGCAGAGAGCACUGUGGUGGCUGCUUUUGAUGUCCGAGUCAACUCUAAAUAUCUAUUAGAGUCAAAUCCAACACCAAGCAAUAUAGAGGAGUUCUGCUCAGGGCUUCUGCAUGGCACUUUGUCUCCAUACUUCAAAUCACAAGCAAUACCUAAUAACGCCAAUGAAACUGUCCAUGUCGCUGUUGGAAAGACAUUUGAUGACUUGAUUUUGAAUAACCACAAGAAUGUUCUACUAGAGGUGUUCACACCAUGGUGCAUCACAUGUGAGACCACUAGCAAGCGCGUCGAGAAGUUGGCUAAGCAUUUCAAAAAUUUGGAUAGUUUAUUCUUCGCAAAGAUAGAUGCUUCUGCAAAUGAACAUCCAAAACUGAAAGUAGAUGACUAUCCAACACUCUUAUUUUAUGCAGCCAAUAAUAAAGAGAACCCGAUCAAGCUUUCUACGAAAACCAGCUUGAAGGACCUGGCCACAUCAAUCAACAAACAUGUGAAAGCAAAAGAUGAAGUUGCUAAAGAUGAACUAUAGUAUACAUAUACAAAUUGGUCUACAAGAACUCUCAUAUAGGAUAUGAUACUGAUUACUUAGUGAUUUGUUACCAGAAUUUUGAAAGAACAAUAGGCCCAAGGAAUUGGUUAAGGUCUCACUUUUGUCCCAAAAACGUUGAAUCAGCAGUCUUGUUGGCCCCUUUUCCUCAUAAAAUUAGCUGUCUAGCUAUAGGCGCAUAUUUCUCGAAUAUUAUGACAUUGUUGUCGCAAUACCUAGUGACAAUCUUGUUUGCUUGA